GAAGCCCGCAACAUAACAACCGUCACAGAUCUUCCCGUUUCCUUGGAACCACACCCCAUCUCAACCCACCGCUGUCAUCCUGCUGACUUGGUGGUGGUGUGCUUCGGGCUUUUUCCUCUUCGCCGACCUCCAACUACGGACUGGGAAUAGCAGCCAUGCCGCGAUCGCUGCAGCUUGCGCUGGUAACAGGCGCCCUGUUUGCCGCCACUGGGAAUGCGACUAGGAUUCGUGCUCAUGGAGACGUCCCGGUCACUACCCCUUCUACUACCCGCAGACUUCAAACGACGACCGUGGUCACGAAAGUGCUAGAGCCAUCUGAGGAUCUAAAGAACACGCACACAUAGACUAUAACGAGAAAAAGGUAUCCAAGAGCCCGAAGAGGUACACCUAAAAAUCCCUGCAGCACCGUAUGCGUGCCCAAAAACUGAACUGCACGUCCUCACCGUUCGACUACAGUAGUAGCAUCACCCCCUCCCUGUCCCACUCUAGAAUAUACCAAAACGGAAGAUUGCCGACUACAGCAUAAUGCUGUCUGAAGUGCUGUCUG